AUGAAAACUGGAGUCGUAUCUUUAGUAAUUGCGAUUAUUUUCAUCAUAGUUUCUCAAAAUGAGGUUGAUGGAGGAGUCUUACCAAAGAUAGCACAAGAAGUUGUAUCAAUAAAGGAUAAAAUAAAUAAUUUCUUUCACAAAAUUUUUGGAAGCUAUGAAAACGCAGCAUCAACCACUGAAAUCGUUACUGAAACUUAUCCAACAGAAGAACCAACUGAAAAUGACAUCCUAAAAGACAUCAUUUAUCCUACUUACAUCUCACCAGAGUUAAUUGACGAACAGUCAAUUCUAGUCAUAAAUGAAAUUCCUAUAGAAAUGACUUGGGAAAUGGUCAGCACAAUAAAUCCUGAAUUGGAAUAUGAAUUGCCAUGGAAACUAAAGAAUCAUAGAUUCAAGCGAGUUUGAAAAUAAUUCUUUUUUUUUCCUUCUUUUUGUAGGCACAGAAUAGCUUAGUUAAGUUAAAGGCAG